AUGCCUCGCCAGAUCUCCGAUGCCUACCAUCACACCAAGGAAUGGUUGACGUCGACUACCGGAGCUCCUCUGCGAGCCGCAUACGACUUUCUCUUUCCACCGCUCGAUGAUCUCUUCUCGGACGACGCUGCCUCUUCGAAUGAGAUGGGUUGGCGUGCUAGCAGCGCUCGACGAGCUGUCUAUCAACGUAGCGCAAGCAACUCUGCUUCUUCGGCAAGCAACUUCAACGCCGACGAAACAGUAGACCGACUCGACAUAUGGGAUAGCCUCAACGACAGUCCUUGGAGCUUUAUGAUCAGUCGCUACGCCUUCGCACUCGUAAUUGUGGCCAUUGUCAAUAACCGUGUCCAGCAUAUCUGCCGACCUCGCCGAGGUGCAAUGUGCUGCCUUUCCCAGCUCCAGCGCAUCGCUCUCCGCCUUCCCAGCUUGAUCUUGCUAGCUCGCUCCGUGCUCAUCUUGACCAUCGUCGUGGCAGACGCCUUCCUUGUAGAGUCGAACCUGAUCAACCUGUUGCUGCGCAGCUGCACCACCGCAUCAUGGAGGAACGCUUGGCUCGCCAAUACGCCAAUGUCAGGAUGGGCACAAGACCGCUUCGGCGCCAGCAGCAGAGAUGAGCUUCUCCGAGCUCGAGAUGCCUCAGCACUUUGGGCAGCCUUCACUUCCACAUGCGUAGCGGUGGUCAGCGACUCCAUGGUCCGUAAUCUCGACGCGGAUAGGGAUGAACCACCGGCUUUCAACCUAGUCGGCUUCGCCUUCCUUCUUCACUUCCACUCCUUCUCACCCGACGCACCCGCCAACGAACACGUCUACCUAUGCGUCCUCCUUCAGAUGCUGCAGAUCCUCACGAUUGCACUUUCGCGAUGUCGCAGGCCUGUCUAUGCUUCCCGGCUGGUGAUUUCGAGCUUGUUCGGCAUCGGAUCGCUGCUUCACUAUGCACUGGCUGCCAACUCGGGACGCUAUCCUUUCCUGGAAGCGCUCAGCAGAACACCGGAAAUUGCACUCGUCAUGAUCGUGCUCUUGACAGUAACACUGCAUGCACUCACAAUGCUGCUGCUCGAGGGCAGCAUCGAACGGGAUCGUCUUGUCUUUUCGCGUUCCAACCUUCCUUGCAGAGAUGAAGACUGGUCGCUUGCGCUUUUCAAGCUGGGAACUGCAUGCAUGGAGUCGACUCGUCUUACGGGGCUAGAGCGUGAGGUCGAACCGCUGGUUGCAUGGGACGCCCCUUAUAUCGAGUUGAGCCCAAGUGGCCGCAUCCAGCUCGUGGAUCCGCUCCUCGUUCGCUCUUCUGCCUCACAUCUCACCUCGGAAACAACAUCAUCCCUUCACCGUGUAAGCUCAGGUGGAUUGUCGCGAGAGGUCAAGCAAGUCCGCAUCGAGCCGACCGGACAGAAUCGCUCGUCUUCAACUUUGGGGCAUGCAGGUUUGUCACGUGUACGCGCAUUGAUACAGUUCUUCGUCGUGACCUUGCUGGUGCUACGCAAUCUGGCCAUGAUGAUUUUCCGCAAGAUCUUGCGUAUCACGGGUUUGCCAGAUCCGAGCGUUCCUCGCUCGGUCUAUCGAACACUUGGACUUGCACGGCUCGUCUGGCACGGCCGCAAUGGUGAGGCGCGCAGAAGAGAACGUCAGGCCGCAGAAGCACGGAGGCACCGCGAGCAUCGAGAUCAGCAGCAACGAUAUCGACAGCAGCAUCAAAUACCGACUUUGACCGCUGGUCGCUCAGAGCAGGCACAACUAACGACUACGCGCUCGCUCUUCGACCUGUCUCGAUUCUAUCCGUCCGAGUCGGCAUUCGAGGAGGCAGGCUUUACGCGAGAGGAUACUUGGUCGCUCCAAGCUCGGCCAGGUCUCGACAAUCUUGCAAGUCGAACACAAGGCAAUGAUAGGGUUCAGAGUAUGCAAGUGGCACGAUCUACCUCGGAUAGUGACAUGGAGGAGGAUGAGUACAAUGAGGUACAAGAUGAGCUUGAGGUUUGCGUCGGUUCGGAAGAAGAUGACGAUCAGGAUUCAGGAUGGGAGCAAGAAUUGCAAAUCCAGACCGACGAGCUUUCUGGUUUACUGCAGGAGUUAGACUUAUUUGCAGAACAAGAUAGCAUGGACAGCAAUACUAUGUUGACACAGUUGACACUUGGUUCUGAAAGGGAGGCAUUCAAUCGCUUGCUGCUAGCUCAUCUUACUCGACCGAGACAUGAAGCUCCACUGACACGGUCAGGCUAUAACUCGCUCGUCCGUUUCUCCACAGGAGGCCCGGAUGAAUGCUUUUCCACUUGUGCAUCCUUCACCCCGACAGCUACAGUACAAGCAGACUUGGACCUUGCUCAAUCCCUCAUCAACCGACGCAGAGGCGGUAACAGUCUGCAAGGAUUGCCAUCUCGUAGUGGCGAGGACCAAGGACCAAGACUAACACCAGUUCAAGCUUUCAGUCGCUUGUACAUCCCAUAG